GACGCAACAGACAGAAGAACCUGCAGAACGUGAGAAAGAAUGGCACGAAAAGCAAUUCAGAUGGUAAGUGUGGCUCUCGGCGCCGUCGGGCUGAUUGGAGUCAUCAUCUGCUGCUCCCUGCCUGAGUGGAUUGUGGGAUAUGGGGAUGAUAAGGAAGUUCAUACAGGUCUGUGGAUGGCGUGUGUGAAGCAGGGAUCUGGACCGCGGGUGUGUAAAACGUUUGACUCCCAGGCAUACCCUGACAUUCAGGCCUGCAGGGCCAUGACCAUCAUCAGCUGCCUCCUCUGUGGUCUCAGCCUCCUCCUCCUGAUCUUUGGUUCCGACUUCACCCCAUGUGUUCAGAACCAAGACGCCAAACCCAAAAUGAUAAAGGCAGCCGCAGUGGGCCUGCUGCUGGCUGGCCUGCUGGUGAUCAUCCCGGUCAGAUGGUUUUCAAAUAAUAUUGGAAACGCACCAGAGGGAUUGACGCUGGGAGCGAGCAUCUUUAUCGGCUAUAUAGCUGGUGUGCUGAUGAUCCUGUCUGGACUUCUGCUCUGCUACUUAAGCAGAUCCAGAUCCAGCAGCUAUCACCAGCUUCAGAGCUAGGCUGUAAUGGGAGGGACUGGUGUCCAACAGACGGGCAGACAAGGAGAUGAUUUGGUAAAACCUGGGAAGAUGAAGUGAAAUGAUAAUUUCUGUACUAUUACCAUUUACUGUUGGAAGCCAUGUAUUCUGUAACACAUCUUUUAUUUUUCUUUGGCAACAUUCACAGUAUUUUCUUAAAAUCUCUGUUAAAAUUAAACUUCAUGAAGAUCAUGAGCAGAAAAAUAAUUUAAAAAAACAUAAAUAUCUGAAU